AUCCCAUUUUAAAUGUAGACGCCGAUGCUAUUGAAGGAAGCGUAAGUGAUAUGUAUAAAAUGAUGGUUAAACUAGUCAGGGUUUUUGCUGAUAUAGAAGCAGUACAGUCGGUUGCAAUUGCAGCCAAAACCCAAAUCGAAAAUUUCAGGCCCCUUAUUCCAUUACUUCAGUGUCUAAGAAAUCCGGGAAUGAGACAGCGACAUUGGGAGAAUCUGUCUGAAGAAACUGGUGUUGACCUUACCUGGGGCCCACUUACCACUUUCAAUGAUAUGCUGGGAUUGGGAAUAGAAAAGUAUGCUGAUUUGAUAAAACAAUCGGCCGAUGGGGCUUCUAAAGAAUAUUCUAUAGAACAGACACUUGAAAAGAUGAUGGCUGAAUGGGAGGAUAAUCGCCUGGACAUACAGCCUUAUAAAGCUACUGGAACUUUUAUUAUGAAAAUUUCCGAAGAACAGCAACAGAUGUUGGACGACCACAUUGUUUUGACGCAACAAUUAUCUUUUAGCCCGUUCAAGGGUCCGUUUGAAGAAAAAAUUGACGAAUGGGAAAUCAAAUUAAAAGUAACUGCUGAAGUUAUCGAAGAAUGGAUGGAUGUUCAAAAACAAUGGAUGUACUUAGAACCCAUAUUCACCAGUGAGGAUAUAACCAAACAGUUACCAGUAGAAAGUAAAAAGUACAAGUCAAUGGAACGGGCUUGGAAAAGAAUCAUGCGCAAUGCAUUGGAGUUACCACAAGUAAUCGAAUAUUGUGGUGACCGCAGACUGCUAGAAAGCCUUAGAGACGCAAAUCAUGUACUCCAAGUAGUCCAAAAAGGUCUAUCAGAGUAUCUGGAAACAAAGAGGACCAUAUUUCCACGUUUAUAUUUCCUCAGUGACGACGAACUACUUGAAAUCCUAUCUCAGGCAAGAAACCCAUUGGCUGUACAGCCCCAUUUGCGAAAAUGCUUCGAGAAUAUUGCAAGGUUGACCUUCGCAGAUGAUUUACUCAUUACUCAGAUGUUUUCAUCGGAAGAAGAAUGCGUUAAUUUGGAUCCUCCGUUGUAUCCUAGCGGAAAUGUGGAAAACUGGUUGCUGGUUGUAGAGAGCACCAUGAAAAAUACAAUACGCACCACCUUAGGAGCAUCUUUAUUGGAUUUGUAUGGGAAAGAACGUAAAGAUUGGGUGUUAUGCUGGCCAGGUCAAGUGGUGAUAGCAUGCAGUCAAGUCUUCUGGACAGCCCACGUGGAAUCAGGCAUUCAAGAAAAUAAUUUGCCGUCUUUUCUGCAUGAUACAUUGCUGGUUAAUUUGGAUUCCCUAAGGACGCUGGUCAAAGGAAUGUUGACGUUUUUGCAGCGCGAAAUUUUAUCGGCUCUCAUUGUGAUAGAAGUUCAUUCGCGUGACGUCACCCAAACUUUGGUCGAUUUGCAUAUAAGAAGUGCCAAUGAUUUCGAUUGGAUUAGUCAGUUAAGAUAUUACUGGGUCGAGCUUCAAAUGAAAGUCAGAGCAGUCAAUGCGGAAUUCAAUUACGGCUACGAGUAUUUGGGAAACAGCGGACGGUUAGUUAUCACCCCACUAACUGACAGAUGCUAUUUAACUUUAACUGGGGCUUUGCACUUGAAGUUCGGUGGUGCCCCAGCUGGGCCGGCAGGUACUGGUAAGACCGAAACUGUGAAAGAUUUGGCCAAAGCUUUUGCAAUACAAUGUGUCGUGUUUAAUUGUUCCGAUCAGUUAGAUUUCAUGGCCAUGGGCAAGUUUUUCAAGGGCCUGGCAAGUUCGGGUGCUUGGGCCUGUUUCGAUGAAUUCAAUCGAAUUGAUAUUGAGGUGCUGUCUGUUGUAGCGCAGCAAAUUGCGACAAUACAAAAAGCACAACAAGCCAGAUUAGAUAGGCUUGUAUUCGAAGGAGCUGAGAUAAUGCUCAAGGAAUCUUGCGCAGUGUUUAUUACUAUGAAUCCAGGAUACGCUGGUAGAACGGAGCUACCUGACAAUUUGAAAGCCCUAUUCCGACCAGUUUCAAUGAUGGUUCCCGACUACAGUCUUAUAGCCGAAAUAUCUCUGUUUUCCUUUGGCUUUGGUAACGCCAAACAGUUGGCCAACAAAAUAACGACUACUUUUAAGCUUAGCUCUGAACAACUUAGCUCACAGGACCAUUAUGAUUUCGGUAUGCGAGCUGUAAAGACUGUCAUAUCAGUAGCUGGAAAUUUGAAAAGAGAAAAUCCCAAUAUGGAUGAGAGGCAAAUAUGCUUGAGGGCCUUGAGAGAUGUAAAUGUUCCUAAGUUUUUGAAAGACGAUUUAAAAUUGUUCAAUGAAUACGUCAAAAAAGUAAUCCAGCUCUACGAAACUACAAUUGUGCGGCACGGAUUAAUGUUGGUUGGACCGACUGGUUCUGGAAAAACCAAGGUAAGUGGCUUUUGCCUGCACAUAAAUGUUUAUAAUAAUAUAACUUACCAGUAUUUCAUUAUUACCCUGGAUAUGCGAAUCUUCCAUCACAAUUACUAA